AUGGCCACCUCAGAUUACGAAACUCCGAACCAGACUGCGCUUGUGAUAUACUGGCCAAUGAACAUUGCCGCGAAUACCAGUCUCUGGCUCUCUUGCAACGGACCGCUGGAGAUCAAGUCCGUAGGGGUCACCGAAAGGCUCCUAGUCCAGUCUUCUUCCCCCAUUCUGAUCAACACAAAAUCUUGCAUCGACAUAGUUCCCCCACUGACAUCGGGCUUCGUAAAGGGCUGGCACAAGCUGCCCGACGAGCUAAAACUGCAGGUCCUUGAGCACAACGUCCUAGUGAGCGGACUGAUUGGUGGAUCCGCCCAGCCUGAUCAGGUAAAGGAAAAGCAUCUAUUCCCUUACCUCAGGAUGACCCCCGAAAUUGCAGCUCUUGCCAAGGAAAUAUUCUACACCAAGAACGCAUUCGCGAUCAACCGCACGAGCGGCUUCCCCCACUCGCCUUUUGGGCUAGACGACGGGCCCUGCUACCUCUCCUAUCCGAAGCGCCCCUUGAGCGACCAGCUCCGUUUCGUCACGUUCGCCACGUCGAUGCACCAGGCAGACUUCGACCUGCUUGCCAGGCUAGCGAACGGCGAAUUUGGAUUCAGGAACUUGCAGCAUGUAACUAUCCUCUACAAUAUCUACCGCUUGCUAUACAGUCUCCCGAGUUUAAGGAUGCCAUAUGAGGGGGAUCUUGCUGGACUGCUUCACAUUGACGUGCGGUUUAGGGCUCAGGGGACGUUGGUGAGCCGGCGAGACGUGCUUUUUAGGGAGAGAUCGGAGAGGGAGCUUUAUUUUGCAGAGCGGAUUGAGAAGUUUUUGAAGAGUAGGAUAGUCUUUGGGGUGGAGACUGGAGCUGGUGAGUCGGGGAGGCAUCUCUCUGAAGGUCGAUGUGCUUGA